AUGACUUCCCUCUCCAAACCAAUGGACAGCGACGCCAAAUCCAUCAUCUCAAUGCAAGAACUGGACCCUUUACCCGUGGACGACUCAACCUCCGACCUGGAGAACCUGGAGAGCGGCGAAUACACUCCCAAAAUCGUGGAUGAAUCACCCACACGCACCUGCGGUCUUUCCUCAACAUUGGGCCUCCGUCCCCAUCGUUGGGAUGCAUUGUUAUCCGGUCUCCAACGAUACUCUACAUACCCCCCAACAGCCUUCUUCAUCCUCCACUUCGCAAAUACAUCCCUAAUCCCACUCCUCACCCAAUCCAUCCCCGCUAGCGAGCCCUACCUCCUCCUCACGCGACCAAUCUACCAAGCACCAGGCCUAGAACAUCUCGUCCUCACCCUGCCCGUGCUGGCACACAUCGGCUCCGGAAUCGCACUCCGCAAUAUCCGCGCCACACGGAGAGCCCGUUUAUACGGUGCUGAAACCCGUGCCCAGCGUGAUCUUCUGCGCUGGUGGCCGCGCACCUCUCUACAAGCGAAAACUGGAUUUCUUAUCACGCCGCUGAUCGGUCUACAUGCGCUAGUCAAUCGCGCCACGCCUUUGAUGGUGGAGGGUGGUAGUUCGGGCGUGGGCCUGGGAUAUGUUGCGCAUGGUAUUGCGCGGAGUCGGAUCUUUUGGAAUGUGUUUUAUCUUGUUUUUGUGGCGGCGAGUGUGUGGCAUUUUGUUGGUGGGUGGGCGACUUGGUUAGGGUGGAGAGUUACUACUGUGCGCAGGGAGCGGGGUUCGAAGGGUUCUUUGGAGGGGUAUCUUGGAUAUUCGGAGAGCCAGGGUCGGGUUAAGAGGCAGCGGAAGAUUUGGUGGGUUGUUAAUGGGGUGGCGGCUGUUGGAGCUGCUCUUUGGAUUGCGGGUGCGUUGGGGAUUGUUGGGCGUGCGGGUGAAGGUGCUGGGUGGGAGGCGAAGGGGUGGAAUGAGGUUUAUAGCCAAGUUCCACUGAUUGGGCAGUGGUUGUGA